AUGAGUUUUAGAGAGUCUGUAAGUAUUGAUGCUCAUCCAAUUGAUGAAGCUGUAGUUGUUCGUUACGAAAACGGAGAGAAAUCUCAAAUCAUUAACUUGAAAGACCUUAAUGAUGAUGUUGACAUUAACUCUUUGGCCAAUAUGGUCCUAACGAAAUGUUCUUUCAUUCCAACAGCAUACAGACAGGAGUUAGAGCAAGUUCUCUUCUACUUACAAAAAAGGAAGAAGAAUGGCAAUAGAAUAGGAAGCGCCUCAUCAACAGAUAACAGUCUCAUAGCCUCGUGUUUGAAAGCCAGUAUCGAGGAUGUUGAGAGCUACGUGGAAAUGUUUUACGAAGAUGUUCCUGAGAAAGUACGGGGGGUCAUGUGCAUAUUGGAGUUGACGAAAACGAGUUCUAAUUUGCCCCGUCUCAUAGCCAACGAAACUUUAAUUGGUGCUUUGGCCAGAGUGUUUCGUGAGGAUUGGAAGAAAAGUUUUGAACUUGCAAUUAACAUUGCAAAGGUUUUCCAUAAGUUAUCAAGUUAUAAUCAGUUUCACACUGUUUUGGUUCAUCAUAAGGUUGGAGCGCUAUGUGUUAAUGCUGUAGAGUAUGAAUUGAAAAGAGGCGAGGCUUGGAAAAAUGGUUUAUCGAGUAGCGAUGAGAAAACGGCCAAGAAAUGUCGUUUAGCAAUUAGGAAGCAACACACUCUGCUAUCUAUUUGUUUGUCAAUUCUUUCUAACAUGGCUAGUGAUCUAAACAUCGAGUUGAAGAUGAUUCGAAGAGAUUUGGUUCCUCUUCUCGUACAAUGCUUACAAUAUAGCACAAGCAAUGAGUUACUUCUCUCGACCGUCCAGUUUCUACUCAAAGUGAGCAUUUUCGAAGAGAACAAAGUUCUUCUGGAAAAUAAUUCCGUUGUUGACCGCUUAGUUUCUCUUUUCCCUAUCGAUGACUCCGAGCUCCGAAAAUCAGCCAUCAAACUACUUUUCAACUUAUCUUUCAACAACAAAAUAAGAAGUAAAAUGGUUUCGGGUGGUCUUGUUACCAACAUUGCUCCUCUGAUACAAGAUGAUGCUAAAGCUUUGAACCUGUUGUAUCAGUUGAGUAUCAACGACGACGCUAAGGCUAUGAUCACCUUCACGGACGCUAUCCAAUUGCUCAUGCGAGAUCUUCUAUCCGGAGCUGGGAGUGAUGUGACGAAAGCGAUUCUUUUGAACGCUUGUGUUGAAAAACGAAACGCUCAGCUAGUUUGUGGAAGCAAUGGCCAAGGCUUAGACUUACUCAUGGAAUCAGCUUUGGAUAAUAUGGAUCUAUUAGUCGCCAAAAUUGUUCGAUCAAUUGCCGUUCAUGACGGUCCAACCCAAGACAUGUUCGUUAAAUGGGUGCCUAAGCUGUUGAGAUUAGGGAUGGUAGAAGCUGUUAAAAAUGCGGAUGAGAGGGCAGCAAUAGGGCUCGAAUGUGUCGGAAUAGCAGCUCUGGUACGCCCCGUAGAUUGGAUAAGAAUAUGCAAAGAUCUAGAUCUAGUCGCUUGGAUGGGAGAUCAGUUACGGUCGUCUCUGAAGGAGAGAGAGCCGUUACAGCUUCAGAUAGUGAUUAUGUGUGGAACAAUGGCUCGUCAGUUGGAUGUUGCCAGGGCUUUAGUACCAUUGCUGGAAGUUUUCUUGAAUUUGUUGCAUACAAUGCAAGUGGAUGAUGAGUUUGUAGUUCAACUACUUUAUUUAUUCCUUCAACUCCUUCGACAUAAGGAACUAUCAGAUAGAUUAAUGGGACCUCAGUCUACAUUGGGCGCAUAUGUCAUAGACCUCAUGCACGACAAAAACUCUUCCAUUAGAGAGAUGUGUUCUAAUGCUCUUGUGAUCAUUGGGGAGCACUCUCAGGAUUGGGCUCGCAGAAUAGCCGCUGAGAGAUUUCGAUGGCAUAAUGAUCAAUGGUUAACAAUGGUUGAAGGUGGUCACGCUGUGGAUAUGCCUCAGAUGGAAGAUGAUUAUGCUGCUGAAGUUAUGUUUGAUGAUAACUAUGACGAUGGAUUCGAUUUGAAUGCGGACGAACCGUUGUUCUGA